AUGGCUUCUGCUGUGCCACCAGGGUUUCGGUUUCAUCCAACCGACGAAGAGCUUCUUCAUUACUAUCUUAAGAAGAAGGUUACCUUCGAAAAAAUCGACAUGGAAGUCAUUAGAGAAGUUGACCUAAACAAGAUCGAGCCAUGGGAACUUCAAGAGCGAUGUAGGAUAGGGUCAACGCCACAAAAUGAGUGGUACUUUUUUAAUAUGAAGGAUAAGAAGUACCCAACCGGAUCAAGAACGAAUAGGGCUACGAGUGCGGGGUUUUGGAAGGCGACAGGUAGGGACAAAUGUAUAAGGAACAAUUUCAAGAAAAUUGGGAUGAGGAAAACACUUGUUUUCUAUAGGGGUAGAGCCCCUCAUGGCCAAAAAACCGAUUGGAUCAUGCAUGAGUAUCGACUCGAAGAUGGGGAUGACCUUCAAGGAAAUGGAAAUGAUGACGGAUGGGUUAUUUGUAGAGUGUUCAAGAAAAAGAAUUUAAUAAGAGUUGGAAAUGACCACCAACAAGGAACCACAACAUCAAGUGGUAGCAUUGCAACUUCUGAUCAAAUAAAUGCCAAUAAUAAUGUCACCCUAAACAUCAAUCAUCCUCACAUGCCAUAUGGGGAUCAUAACACAAACACCAACCAAUACAUGUUCAUGCCCCAACAACAACAACAACACCAACCCCAACAACAAUCGAGCUUCGAUCUCUACAAGCAUUCAUCGCAAGGGUUGGCCCUAAAUUAUUCGACAUUGCCUUACCCUCACAAUUUGCAAACCCAAGUGGCCCUAGUUGAUCCUUUGACAAUUAGACCCAUGGCCGGUUAUGUUGACCUUUCAAUGUAUACACGAGAUUGUGAUCAUAAUCAUACAACUACAAAUGAUAAUCUAGAGGUGGGAACAUGCGAACCAACAUCUAAUGCCCAUCAAAAUCAAGAAGAAUGGGGGAUGAUCGAUAGACUAGUGGGUCAUGAAGACUCUACGCCCAAAGAUGUUGUGAGAUUUGAGGAUGCAAAUGCGGCGUCAACAUCAUCUUCCAUGAACCAUAUCAAUCAGUUGUCACUGCGCGGUGAAAUGGAUUUUUGGGCUUACGGAAAAUAA